AAUACUAGCAGAUACGCAAUCAUUUACGAAUUGGAAAGUCAUAAAUGCCUAAAAUGUUUCGCAUCUUCUUUCCUAAAUACAAUACAGUGGCUCGUGCCCACCUUCCCGGAUUAGGCCGAUAACAGCGAAGGAAUUCCGUGAGAAGGUUCCAGAGAAGAGAAUGGAGGAGAGCACCACCAAUGUAGCGCCGAAGUUUUUGGAGCCAUGGCACCGUCUGGAGGACAAGGUCGUGAUGGUGACGGGCGCCUCCUCCGGAUUAGGUCGAGAGUUCUGUUUGGACUUAUCUAAAGCCGGCUGCAGAGUCAUAGCAGCGGCGCGGAGGACGGACAAACUGCGCUCGCUAUGCGACGAGAUAAACAGCGGCGCCGUCGAUCGAGGAGAAGGAGAUCGGCCUAGAGCUGUGGCCGUCGAACUCGACUUGAGCGCUAACGGAGCGGCGAUUGAGGCUUCUGUACGGAAGGCUUGGGAAGCGUUCGGCAGAAUUGAUGCUUUGAUUAAUAACGCUGGUGUUAGAGGUCGAGUUCAUACUCCAUGGGACUUGUCCGAGAAAGAAUGGGAUGAAAUAGUGGGGACGAAUAUGACUGGCACUUGGUUGGUUUCCAAGUAUGUUUGUAUGCGUAUGCGUGAGGCUCAGCGAGGUGGGUCUAUCAUCAAUAUCUCUUCCAUUGCUAGUGUCGAGCGUGGAUUAUUACCCGGAGGCCUUGCUUAUGUGAGUAGCAAGGGUUCUGUCAACUCAAUCACAAAGGUUAUGGCCCUGGAAUUAGGACCCAACAAAAUUCGAGUUAAUUCCAUUGCACCAGGGCUUUUCAAAUCUGAGAUAACCAAAGGUUUAGUGGAGAAAGAGUGGCUGAAAAAUGUCGAACGCAGAACAGUGCCGUUGAGAGUUUUCGGGAAAAUAGAUCCUGCAUUGACAUCCCUCCUUAGGUACUUGAUUCACGACUCUUCCGUGUAUGUCACCGGCAACAUCUUUAUUGUCGACUCCGGAAACACCUUGCCAGGUACGCCUAUAUUUUCAUCUCUUUAAAUUUCCAGGAAUGGAUGGUUUCUGGUAAUACAGAGUGAUAAGCUUUUUGGAGCAAUGAAUGGAAUGUCAAACUUAUUUGGUAUAUUGAAUGAUAAUUCAUACGUAAAUAAGAUUUUGGGAUGAUUAUUUA